CAGACCCCGAGGCCUUCUCCUGGACAUGUCCAGAACACCUCAUCCAGGAGGGGCCCAGGAGUCAGAUGCCCAAACCACCUGAACUGGCUUCUUUUGAUGUGGAGGAAUAGCAGAUCGACUCUGAACCCCUCUUGGAUGACUGCACUCUUCACCCAAUCUCUAAGGGAGAGGUUGAAGGAUGACAAGAUGCCUAAAGGUCACUGAACUGUGAUUGUGUGAGAUUACUGUGGGUACAACAGAGAAUCUACUUCUAAGAGUUUAAUACGCACUUAAAGAUGAGUAAGUGGGGAGCUCGAGUGCAGAAGGUUGAGCAGCUUGCGCAGUCGUUCCAACUAAAUCCUCUGACGACACCUUACAAGCCUCGACUGUGGCCGUGCCAGCCCUCUUCUGUCUGGAAACUCUUUCCUCGUCAAAGCGUGGCCAUCAGCUUCACUCAGAGCUGCAAAGAGGAUGUGCAUGUUUUUGCACUUGAAAAAGAAAAGGCGCCUGUAGGUCAAAGGAUUUACCUGGUUACUAGCUACACUGAGCUUUGGUAUUACUACAGAACUUACACCCAGUCUUUGAUGCACUGUUAUGAGGUGAUACCAGACGGUGCUGUAUGCAAGCUCUACUUAGACUUGGAGUUUCACAAACCUUCAAACAAAGGAUCUGAUGGAAAAACUAUGGUGUCUUUGCUUAUCCAGUAUAUCUGUGACAAGCUAAUGGAACUUUAUGGGACUGAAUGCUCUGCAAAAAAUGUCCUCAAUCUCGACUCAAGCACUGAGGAGAAAUUCAGCAGACAUCUCAUCUUCUGUCUCCAACACGCAACUUUCAAAGACAAUAUACAUGUUGGCAGGUUCAUCCAUGCAGUUCUUCAGCCCAUCCUAAACAAAGCCAAAAGUAGAAGCUGCCUUGAUAAUGAAAUGGACUCUGUGACAGAAAACAGUGAAACACGUAGAACACAUGACGCGAGUCCAGAGAUGAAGAGGCGUAAGCAGGAAGAGAGAAACCUCAGCUUCCUCCGGGUGAAAAACAAGGAUGGUCAAGACUGCCUCUUUGUUGACCUUGGCGUCUACACAAAGAACAGAAAUUUCCGGCUUUACAAGUCAUCCAAAGCGGGGAAGAACGCUGCAUUCACUGUGGCAGAAGAUAACCAGUUCAUUGUCAAACCUGAGAAGGGAAUUUCUGCAGAGGAAAGCAUAUUCUUGGCCUCCUUAGUGUGUAACGUGAGUUUCACAGGUCAGAGGAUUCUUACGUGGGACAUCCCAGAAUCAAGUGAACCCAAAAUCUCCCCCACUCAUUGUCAGCAAAGGUCAACUUCAGACUCAGGUACACUUUCUGGCUUCCUGUCAUCCCCUCACCAAGAAGUGGACACCUUUGUUUUAACAGUGGUUAGAAAGGAUGGGAUACAAGGAAGCAUAAGACGAUGGAACUACUUCGCUGCGGAACAACUUCUCGUCUACGACAUCGCCAAAUACCGCUGGUGUGAAAAUGUGGGCCGGUUUCAUAAAAGCAACAACAUCAUGAUCGUCGUGGAUUUGAAAGAGGAAGUGUGGUACCAGAAGUGCCACGAUCCUGACUGCAGGAACUUCAGGUCCUCGAGUUACCCGCUGCCACAAGAGAUCUGUAUCAGUUACAUCUUGAAGCUGGAUGAGGAGGACCAGGCAUACCUAAUGGAUGAUGCUGGCAACAUUGAACUCAGCCAGAAACCAAAGUGUGCGGGCCCACAGAGCACGGUUUGCCCAGAGGAGGAGAAAUCUGAUGUGUGGGGAGAUGAACGGGAUGACCAAGACUAUUUGGAGAGUCUGGACGAUUUUGAACAAAAGAGUGAGGAGAUCUCAGACCAGCUCCUACUCAAAUGUAUGGCAGAUUUUGAUUCCCACUAGAGGAUGAGGUCUGUGUUGUUUUGCAGUAUUAUAUCAAAAAUGAUGGCAGCACUUUAAGCAUUGUGAAAAACUGUAAUACUUGAUUACAAAUCUGUUUUGUAAGUAGUUGAAGGUGUUUGUACUUCAGCUCAAGUGGAGAUCCUUGACUGCCCGCUCAUGUUUGAAAUGAAAAUCAACUAUAAUAUAGUUGAUAAAGGAAGGUAGAGUAGAGCUGCUGCUCUAUAAAAGUACCUGGAGAGAACCCACACACACUCCACACAGAAAGGCAGCCUAGAGUUCAAACGUCAGCCUGUGGAUUUGAACCUAGGACCUUAUUGCAGUGAGAUGACAAUGUUAACAUCUGCAGCACCAUGCCACCAAAUAAAAGCCAUGUAUCAAAAGCUAAAUAUUACCAGAACAAAAGUAUUUAUUU